GGGAAGUCUGAUUGGUUUGUGUUUGCAUUGAUGUUCCAGGCAAAAGAGAAUAGAUUGUGUGAGCUCUGGAAAUAGCAACAAGUGCUGACCAGAGGAGGGCUGCCCCUGUCCCUCUCCUGCUGUGCUACACCCAGACACUCUGCAGGAAAAACUUGAACAGAGCAGCCGUGCCACAAUCCUGUGUGUUAGCUGGCUAAGCACAUUUUUAUUUUCCAUUGUCAUUCUAUUUUACCCAGCAGUUUUGACACAGCCGUAGCAAGCUGUGAUGUUAAAUAGCUGCUUAUCCACAUGGUGAAUGUGACUCCCUUGGACAUGUUUAGCAUCAGAAUCCAGCUGCCUGUGUCGCUCUUGUUAUAUUGGGACAUAGAAUUCCCAUUGUAAUUUCUUGGUUCAUGCUGGAACAAUUGGCAAGUCAGACUUAAAGUGCUGAUGAUUUUCAUUCUUAAUGUUCAGCAAUAGACUGGGGACUUUGUGAAUGAAACCGUCAUCGUAUGGGGGUAGCCCACUCUGAAGUUACAGAUCAACAACACCACCCUCAAAACACGCGAUCGGCUCCAGCAGAGGCAGUUAUUCUUCGUGCCUACAGACAGAAGACAUCCCGUUGAGCCUGUGGCUUAGCUGUAUUCAAAGACGAUACAAGUGGGCUUAACACAGAUGAACAGUGGGGAUGUAAUAUUAUACACAAUGCACGUGUAACCUUCCAGGAUGCAUCUAACUGAUCAUUCUCACAGAUGUUCCGAAUUUAUUUUCCAUAGAGGACUCCUAUUGCUACUUAUACACUUUCAUGCUGUUUCGCCUUGCCCCAAGAGCUGCCAGUGCUCGGACAACAAUGGAGGAAUAGUGGUCCAGUGCAGUUCAAGAAACCUGGAAGAGAUACCCAUAGACCUUCCAAUGGAGACUGUCUCCUUAAAGCUAGAUGCUAACAGAAUUCAUCAGGUACCAAACAAUGCUUUUAAAGAUCUCACCUCGUUACAGGAGUUAGAUCUUUCAAAAAACUCUAUUGAGAAAAUUGAGCUGUCGGCUUUCAAAGGAUUAGCUGAUGGGUUACGGCUGUUGGAUCUGUCUGGGAAUCAGAUUCACAAUAUCCCUAAAGAAGCCUUGGCCAAUCUGAAAGGCAAAAUCCGUCUCUCCAACAACCCAUUGCACUGUGACUGUAGCCUUCAGGAGAUGUUGAGGGAACUGAAUUUGGACCCUGACACAGUUAAUGACAUUUCCUGCCAAACUUCAGUACAGGAGGAGUAUGUGGGAAAACCUCUGAUACAGGUUCUAGACUCUGGAGUUAAUUUUUGUAAUAUCCAUCACAGAACUACCGAUGUAGCCAUGUUCAUUACUAUGUUUGGCUGGUUCACCAUGGUGAUAACGUAUGUGGUUUAUUAUGUGAGACACAACCAAGAAGAUGCUAGGAGACAUUUGGAGUAUCUCAAGUCAUUGCCCAGCACUCAGAUAACCAAAGACUUUGACACUAUCAGCACUGUGCUGUAGACAUGUCUUAUAGAAAAAUGAUUACACCUGAUUUGUUGCUGGUUAAUGUAGAGGUAAAUUAAACCAAACUGGCCAUAUAUUAAGCACUUCUUACAAGUAAUACAGCAGAUCCGAGCAGCGCCUUUAAAACAUAGGUUACAUCAGGAUCAAUGAAUGGGUGUUAAUAGGCACAAGGAAACAGCAAAAAUUGGUAGACGGUUUUGACAAAAUGCUGUAGUUUGGGUAUAUAGUUUUUGGUGUGUGGUUAUUGGAAAGAUAGGAGAAAGUUGAACAAUCUGAAGUGGCCUCAAGGAUGGUGCGGUUUGGCUGAAAUUUUUCAGACUGGACUUCUUGCAUUUUUUUUUGCAUAACUAACUCAGCUAACUCCGAAAAUAGUUUUUCUCCUAAAAAGCACUCAAAAGCUGAUUAUACAUUAAUAGACACAAUGCAAGGAUAAGGAGCAAAGCUCACUAACCUAAAGGAACCAAGUAGAACAUGUUUUUAAAAUGACUCUGUCUUUAAACAAUAUCCCAAACUGUUCUGUCUGCAAAAAAAAAGACUGUGAAUUCUUAUUAUUCUUACUGUCUGGGCCACCAGAAUGCUACAACGUAAUCCCCUCAAGAUCCACUCCACUGAAGUCCUGAAGUCUUCUGGGAAAUUUAUAUUCCCAGGAGUGUCGAUCUCCUUCAUCCCCCACAGUGUUCAGUGCUACCUCCACAUCACUACUGUGUACUGUUGUAAGAUGAGGUCAAUAGGAAAAAAAAUUCCCAGCUCAACUUUCCAGCCAGCCUGCUACAAACCGAAUUGUCCUGUCUAACUGUUCACGCCAAAACCAGGGGUUUAGUUUGCACACAUUUGCAAAUAAAUGCGUAAGCUGCAGAUGCCACGACAAGGCACCCCAAUAUUAUCUGUGGUCCAAACUCUAUAUAUUUUGAGAGCCUCCAUAGUAGGAGCACAUGUAUAAUAAUGGAUAGAUUGAGGGCAGAUAUGCCUGGAGGGAGACCACUCCUCCUUAAAGGCACAGGGGCGCACUGGCCCUCAGAAAAUAGCACAACAACAGCGAAGGUGUCCAGUGCGUCCCCUCACCAAAUGGUGCAAACAAACGACAACGUCCCCAAUCUUUAAUUGGCCUUAACAGCAAGGAGCACGUGGAAGGGCAACACAUGUCAAACAACAACAAAGAAAAAUUCCCAGCUUAACUUACUAGCCAAAAACAACAAAGGAAGAGGCGCCUCUGGGUGUAGUAGUUUAA